UGAUUCAACAAUGGAGACUGUCGAUAUAUCUGAGGAAACUGUCAAUCCCGGUGACGAGAAAAUCGGACCGGAGUCAUUUGAACUGUUGAAAGUGCUAGGGAAAGGAGGCUACGGGAAAGUAUGUAUACAUGCAUCAGUUAGGCCUUGUUUUAAUGCGGGACCCAAACAAACCUAGAGCUGGUAGGUUUUGGUCAUGGUGUUGUCGCUAGUUGUUGUUUGAAGCAGGAUGACACUAGUGGCGAAGAGAGCCAUAGCAACAGGUCAUGCUAUGCAACUUUUUUAUGACUUUCAUCAUUCAAACCUUUAGAAAUGUAUGCAGGUUUUUAGCACAGCAUGACCGGUUGCCAUGGCUGGCUUCGCCCACUGGUUAACACACAAAACUGAUAAUGCACAUGAAUGAUAACAAUGUAUUUAUUCUUCACAUAUACUGUAACUUAAUAUACAUAAGUUAAGCGUAUUCCAUUCUGGCAUUCAGGUGUUUCAAGUAAGGCAGGUGGCUGGCCACAAUGCAGGGAAAAUUUUUGCUAUGAAAGUUCUAAAAAAGGUUUGUGUAUGCCCCACAAAAGCAUAUUUUAAACCCACGGCGAAGCUCUAGCUACAUUUCUUGAUAUAUCUUGUGUUCAAUUUUUAGGCUACAAUUGUUCGAAGUCAAAAAGAUACGGCUCAUACUAAGGCUGAAAGGAAUAUUCUUGAAGCUGUUAAGGUAAUAAUUAUAAACAAAUAUAGCACUUUGUUGUCUUUGUACCAUUAUAACUUGUUGUUGAAUAAUUUGUGAUGCCUUAUAUGAACAUAUUAAUUUAUGCAUUGUCCAUUUUCUUCUGUACUUGGCAGCAUCCGUUUAUUGUGGAUUUAAUAUACGCAUUCCAAACUGGAGGAAAAUUAUAUCUUAUUUUGGAAUACUUAAGUGGUAUGCCAUUAUUUUUACAUUAAUUAAGAAUAUAAUAUAUCAGGGUUCAAAUUAACAGUGUUCAAAUUAACAAUAUUCAAAUUAACAAUGUGCGGUUUGCACAUCGUUCUGGACCAAAUAGUGAAAAUUGCACAUUACUUUUCCAAACGAUGUGCUAAAAAUCAGAUACAUCCAUCCAUAUUUAUAUAUAAAUCAAAGCCCAUCUGUUGUCUUAUAAUUUAGAAACAAGUGUUUUUGCAUGCACACUAACACUACAGCAUGUUUGCAGAUUGGAAGGUGUCAAAUUUUAGCAACCAUGACAUGUGACUGAUUAAAUUAAUGUUAUGUGUUAGGUUUAUAUAUCAAAGAUUGCAAACAAUGUUUAAAAAGUAUUCAAAUAAUUAAAUUAUUCCAGUUUGAUUGAGUAGAUGUUUGACUGAGUAGCUAACACAAUCAUGAACCUAUUUUAUUAAAAUUUAGAGCCUCAUUUUAGAUUUGGAGCACAUUAUUUUUUCUCAACUAAUUCGAACCCUGUAACGUAUUAAUCUUUUGAACUGCAAUGUGCUCUGAUGUGCCCUACUUCAUUAUUUUACUCUGUCUAAUGCCAGACGAUUUUACUCAUCAAGGGGAGAGCACUGCCACUCAAUGUGUAAAAGUGUUGCAACUAUAUAUUUUAGGUGGAGAACUUUUUAUGCAUUUAGAAAGAGAAGGAAUUUUUAUGGAAGAUACUGCCACGUAUGAACUGGAAUUUUAUUGUACAACUUAGCCAUUGCAUUGUUAUAACUUUUCAUUUUUAAUGCCAUUUUUGUCAAUGCCAUUUUUGUAAUCAUAUAUUGUUUCAUAUUAUUUUAGGUUUUAUCUAUCAGAAAUAACCCUAGCUUUAGAGCAUUUACAUAAACAAGGAAUAAUAUAUAGGUAAAAAUUUGUAAAAAAAACUGUAUUGAAACUACACAAAAUUUUGUGACCAUGAGGGCAGUAAUACCUACUGUAUACUCUGAAAUAAGUACCCGGAACCCAAAUGUCAAUGCAUUCAAAGUCAUCAGUUAGACAUGUGCUUAAUAUUUUAUAUUAAUUAACUUCAAUUAAUAAUUCAUGAAAAACACAAAGAAAUGUGAUAGAGAUUUCCCUUGAUUUACAUAAACUUUAACUUUGAUUUUCUUGACUUACACAACAUAUUUUUUGAAAAUUGCUUUGCCAAUGAACUUACUAGAUGGUCGUUUUUGAAGCAAUUCAGAACACUCGCAGUGCAUGUUUUAUCAGACCUAAAGAUACUAGGCUUUGCCUCGGUAUCUUUAUAUCUGAUAAAACAUUGCUGCUCAUGUUUUAAAUAGUACAUUAUAAAAUUAUGCUGUAGAAUUGUAAAUUUGAACAGAUAUUUUUUGUAUACAAAAUAUUUUUCUAACAUUGUAUAUACACAUAAAGUUUCCAUUUUUAUUCUGUAAAAAUAUUCCACAUUUAUUUUGUGUAGAGAUCUUAAACCAGAGAAUAUUUUAUUACAAGCAGACGGUACGUUCCUUGUAAAUUCUUAGUAUUUGUUGCUGCUAUUGUGCCAAAUCUCCUUGCUCAAAUGAAUUUUGAUGUCAAUAACUUACAUUCGUGAUUUUAUUUUUAUGUAGGACAUGUUAAGUUAACAGAUUUUGGUCUCUGCAAGGAGUCGAUAUUUGAAAAUAAUGUUACGCAUACGUUUUGUGGAACGAUAGAAUACAUGUAAUGACGAACGUUUAAGUUAAACCCCUCACUUUUCUUUGCAAAAAUUAUGAAAAAUUCUUGAGGAUUAAGAGGAAGCUUCAUAUUUCAUUUGUGUUGCUAUAGGGCUCCAGAAAUUUUAACAAGAAGUGGUCAUGGCAAAGCGGUAGACUGGUGGAGCUUGGGUGCUUUGAUGUACGACAUGCUUACAGGGGCCGUAAGUAUCAUUCAUACGGUUGAAAAUUUUGUGUUCUUUCUUUCUUUGAACAGUACUAAUCAAAUAAUACAGUAUAUCUUUACUUUAAAUGAAAACUACUUUAUUUGAUCGGUUAAAAUGUCUGUGCAUAAUAAAAUUAAUUGGCCAUUUGUUCAGCUAAUAGUUCAAACUUAAAACUCAAGGUGUACUUUAAAAUAAGUUCAGGUUUCUGAAAUAUAUUCAUUCAUGCAGUGAUCUGAAACCACAGGGUGUCCAAAAAAAAAAACAAAUUAAGAGUUAAUAUUAUACCAUAACAAUAUUUGUUUUGAAGAGGCCAUGUUUGAAAUUAGUUUAGUUUGAAAUUAGUUUGAAAUUGAUCGGUCAUUCGGUGUUUUUGUUUGGCAAAUAGCCGACUGCCGAUUGUUAUAAUCCACACUGAAUUCAAGUGUUAUAUAUCAAAAUCUAAGUUAGUCUUUUCUGGAUGCAAAGAUCUUUAUUUCAUUGCGAUAGCUUUUAUAGCUUUUACCUUACAUGGAAAGGUCAAAUGGCACAAAAGACUGUAAUGUUGGUACACCGGUCCCACCCUGAAUUUAGUGUAACAAUAAUGAGUUUGAUCUGCAGGAAAUUUUGAUGUCCAGACUGUGCUCCCAGGAAGAAAAUUAUGUUCUUCAGGGAGUGAUCACUACUUUUUUCCAAACAUAACAAAAAAUAAUUUAAACGUGUUUGAUAUUUUAGCCACCAUUUUGUGGAGAUAAUCGGAAGAAAACGAUUGAUAAGGUACUACAUUGUAAUAUUGUUAAAGAAAAACCAUUCUCUUAGUUUCUUUUUAAUAAAUUUUGGACUAAAUGAAAUGAAUAUACAAUAAAAAGUUAAGAAAAAAAUUUUAACAUAAAAAUACUGUCUUUUAGAUUUUGAAAGGAAGAUUGCAAUUACCUCCAUAUCUCACACCAGAGGCUAAAGAUUUGCUAAAAAAGGUAAAUUUUAUUGACUAAGUCGCAAUUUGAUCAGAAGAGAUCUGAGUCGAUUUUAUCAGAAAGGGAUGAACAUCAAGAUGCAACAUCUCCCUGAGACAUCCUCUAUCUAGACGAAAUCAAUUACACCUGAUAAUAUUUCUGAUUGUUCGUCUCUAACCUGUGAUCAUGUUCUGUAUAUAAAGACCUGAUCGCAUGUUAGUUCGUCUUAUUUUACCCAUAUAGCAAUCAUAUGACAAUCAUAUGACAACACAAACUGCACGAGAACUAGUCGCACCAAGGCUAUAUGUUCAUAAAAACUUUGUAAUGUUUUAAUUUCUUUUAUAUUUGACCAUCUACUAACUCUUUUAUAGUUGCUGAAGCGUCGAGCUCAUUUGCGUUUUGGUGGAGGCGUUGACAAUGCGGAGCCAAUUAAGGUUUGA